GUGGUCAAAUCUUCUUCAAUAAGUGGGUUUUGUCAUCUAAGGAAAUUAAUUUCCCUUAUCCUCUUGGAUUGACUUUACUCCAUAUGAUCUUUUCCUCUGUCUUGUGCUUUCUUCUCACCAAAGUUCUUAAGAUCGUGAAGGUUGAGGAAGGAAUGACACUAGAAAUAUAUGUUACAUCAGUUAUUCCAAUAGGUGCAAUGUUUGCGAUGACCCUCUGGUUGGGAAACACUGCCUACCUAUACAUAUCAGUUGCAUUUGCGCAGAUGUUGAAGGCUAUAAUGCCUGUUGCUGUGUUUAUUCUUGGAGUAGCUGCUGGACUUGAAAUGAUGAGCUGCAGGAUGCUUUUGAUAAUGUCUAUCAUAAGUUUUGGUGUUUUAGUAGCUUCUUAUGGGGAAUUAAACAUCAACUGGAUUGGAGUGGUUUACCAAAUGGGUGGUGUUGUUGGAGAAGCCCUUAGGCUAAUCUUCAUGGAACUUCUUGUCAAGAGAAAGGGCAUCAAGUUAAACCCAAUCUCUCUUAUGUACUAUGUGAGUCCCUGCAGUGCUAUCUGCUUGUUUGUGCCGUGGAUCUUUCUAGAGAAAUCAAAGAUGGAUGGCAAUGGCCCAUGGAACUUCCACUUUGUAGUGUUGACCCUGAACUCCCUCUGUACAUUUGCCCUCAACUUGUCGGUUUUCUUGGUGAUUUCUCACACGAGCGCUCUCACUAUCCGAGUUGCUGGGGUUGUCAAGGAUUGGGUGGUUGUCUUGGUCUCAGCUCUUCUCUUUGCCGACACAAAACUCACAAUCAUCAAUCUUUUCGGUUACGCCAUUGCCAUUGCCGGUGUAGCGGCUUAUAACAACCAUAAGCUGAAGAAGGAAGCAUCCAAAGUACCCACAGAAACUCCAGGAGAUGGUGAAUCAAUACCGUUGAUGAGCUGGAUGCCGAGUCUACUGAGUCAAAAGCGUAGGAAUGGUCCUCCCUUAGGGUUACGGAAUCUCGGCAACACCUGUUACCUUAAUAGUGUCCUUCAGUGUCUCACUUUCACUCCUCCUCUCGCUAAUUUCUGCCUUACUCAUAAACACUCCUCUCACUGCGACUCAUAUGUGGAUGGGGAGAGGAAACGGGAUUGUCCAUUUUGCAUAGUAGAGAAAAGAAUAGCAAGGUCUCUUAGUGUGGAUCUAACAACCGAUGCGCCUAACAAGAUUUCAAGCUGUAUCAAAAUUUUUGCUGAGCAUUUUAAGCUUGGGCGUCAAGAGGAUGCUCAUGAGUUCUUGCGGUAUGUCAUUGAUGCAUGCCACAAUACGUCUCUCCGCCUCAAGAAGUUGAGGAUCAAGGGUAAUGAGCCGUUUAAUGGCAAUACUGUCGUGAAGGAGAUUUUUGGUGGUGCUUUGCAGAGCCAGGUCAAGUGUUUGUCAUGUGGUGCCGAGUCUAAUAAAGCCGAUGAGAUUAUGGAUAUCAGUCUUGAAAUUUUGCAUAGUAGCUCUGUCAAGGAGUCUAUGCAAAAGUUCUUUCAAUCAGAGAUUUUAGAUGGCAACAAUAAGUAUAAAUGCGAGACCUGUGAAAAACUGGUGACGGCGAGGAAGCAGAUGUCUAUACUCCAAGCGCCUAAUAUCCUUGUUAUCCAAUUGAAAAGGUUUGGGGGUAUUUUUGGUGGGAAGAUUGAUAAAGCCAUUUCAUUUGGUGAGAUUCUGGUUCUCUCGAACUUCAUGAGUAAAGCAAGCAAGGACCCUCAACCGGAAUACAAGCUUUUUGGGAUAAUUGUGCACUCAGGAUUUUCUCCUGAAUCUGGGCACUAUUAUGCAUACGUUAAGGAUUCCUUGGGUCGAUGGUAUUGCUGCAAUGAUUCGUUUGUCUCACUCUCCACCUUGCAGGAGGUUUUAUCAGAGAAAGCUUAUAUCCUGUUUUUCAGCCGUUCAAACCAGAGGCCAGCGUCUGCUAAAACUCUGGUAACAACAUCCAAUGGGACUACAUCUCAUGAAGUUAAUGGCUGUGAGACAUCAAAUCCCCAGAAGUUUAUUGGGCCCCUUAAUGGUGUCAACAUGAAACCUCAAGCCGAGCAGUCCUUCCAGAAGGGUAACCUGGCUUCUUCAAAGCCCCAUAAAUUUAUUGGGCCCAAACCACGAGCCGAGCAGGCCCUCCAAGAGGAUAACCUUCUUUCUUCCAAAGUUGAAAAGGCGCCUUUAAAGCCACAUGCGAAAGUAAUUAUAUCUGUCAACCUUGGUGCCAAAAGGGUCUCUCCUUCUGUCAAUGGUAGACUUUCUUUCCACCAAGAUGAGAACAUAGCCCCAAAGUCAAACAAAGAGAAUAGUGUAUCAGUUUUGCCGUCUAGAGUCUGCUCUGGCACGGAGAGGAAGUUUGGUACUGAAAAUGGUGGCAAUGGAGUUAAAGAAAACGGCAGUGCACCUGGUAGUAGUAAUCAUAAAGUGACAUUGCAUCCCCAAGAUCGUAGUAAUGGCUCCAGCAAUGGGGGUGAUCACCACAAGGAUAACUUACAUCCAUGUGGAAGUAAUGGCUCACAAAAUGGAACUGUUCACCAGGAAAUUGAGAGGAACGGUGUUAGUACCACCCAAUCCAAAGGUUUGUGUUCUUCAACAAAUGAAGACCCCUGCAUUUUGCUUAGAAAAGACGAAUCAUCUCGGAAGGAACUUGAAGCAAUCAAAGAGAGCCUGAAGAAAGAUGCGUUGUCACAUCUACGGUCAUGCGGAUGGUAUGACAAGGUACACAUCUCCAUGCGAGCCAAGAAGAGAUUGCGUACAGAGCAAUCAGGAGGAGAAGAUGGUAACGACUUGAAGAGGUUGUUGAUUGAAGAUGUGAAAUCAAGUUUAAAAUCGCAGAUUCCAGAGGAAUUGAAAGCAGAUCUGCCUCUACUUGGUUCCCUUCAUACACACUCCUCAGUCCUCGUUUUCACCAUUGCAAGAGACCAAGAGGAGGAGCCUGGACAAGAAGAAGAGAGUCUCUCUGCAGUGGCUCUGACUAAUUCAUCAAAGUCAAAGUCUUCCUCGGAGAUUGUUGUCAACAUGUUCUUGAAUGGUUCUCUUGUCGCCGAUAUAAACUUAGCCGGAGCUACCUCAGUGAUAAACCUGGAGGUCUUAACAGUUUCCAUUGCUGAUUGAGAUCUUCUGAAUCGAAAAGAGAGUGUUGGGAGAAGAAAGCUUCUUCGUUGCGCAUGGGAAGGGGAAAAAGAUAGAAAUGAGAGAUUGUUGACAAGAUUAUUUGUGCAGAGUUUUGGUGAGAAGUAAAGUGAAUUUAUAUAGAGUGUGAAAGUAUUAAAGUACUUGCAUGAUU